AUGAAAGUCAAGAAGGCCGACCCUUCCAGCUUCACGGCGUACAAUGGGAUCAAGCUCGGCGUCGGACGACAGUGUAUCGACGGCGGCCCCUUGGAGAUAUCGAAACUCGGGGAGGAGGCGAAGAAGAAAAUGCUUGAAAGUAUAAAGGUGUCGACUGUGUCAGCGGGGAAGCUAGACAUCGGCGCCAAGCCGAAGAUAGAUCUGAAGCAAAUGUCACCCAAGCGAAGGAAGCAACGCGAACUGGCAGCGCAGAAGCGCGCGAAGGUUGCGGAGAAACGGAAGGCCAUUAAACAGAACAAGCGGAAGCUCAAAGAAGGUCGCAAAAUCACACGACGGAAAAGUCAGCAACGCCGAACCGUCUAA